CCUCCAGGUAAAUCCUACACCAUGAUAGGUGGUGAUGAGUCCAUGCAGACUCUGGGGAUCAUCCCCUGUGCCAUCUCCUGGCUCUUCAAACUCAUCAACGAGAGGAAGGAGAAGACAGGAGCACGUUUCUCUGUCCGAGUCUCCGCCGUAGAGGUGUGGGGUAAAGAGGAGAACCUGAAGGACUUGCUAUCUGAAGUGGCUACAGGCAGUUUGCAGGACAGCCAGUCCCCUGGAGUCUACCUCUGCGAGGACCCCAUCUGUGGCAUGCAGCUCCAGAACCAGAGUGAGCUGCGAGCCCCCACGCCAGAGAAAGCAGCCUUCUUCCUGGAUGCAGCCAUAGCAGCUCGCUACAGCAGCAGAGAUCACGCCGACCCGGAGGAACAUCUCAACUCACACAUGCUGUUCACACUGCACAUCUACCAGUACCGCAUGGAGAAGACUGGCAAGGGAGGGAUGUCAGGAGGUCGCAGUAGGCUCCACCUGAUAGACCUGGGCAGCUGUGUGAAGGUGCUAGGAGGAGGGAAGGGCAGAGACAGCAGCGGUAGUAGCAGCACCACAGCAGCAGGGCUGUGUCUGUCUCUCUCUGCGCUGGGGAACGUCAUCCUGGCUCUGGUCAACGGCAGCAAACACAUCCCUUACAAGGACAGUAAGCUGUCCAUGCUACUGAGAGAGUCGCUGGGCAACAUGAACUGCCGGACUACCAUGAUCGCUCACAUCUCCUCGUCGCCUAGCAACUUCUCUGACACGCUCUCCACGAUCCAGAUCGCCUCGCGCCUCCUCCGCAUGAAGAAGAAGAAGACCAAAGUCAGCAUGCAAUACACGUCCAGUUCGUCAGGGGGUGAGAGUUCGUGUGAGGAGGGGCGUAUGCGUCGCCCCACUCACCUGAGACCGUUCCACUCCCGUAGCUCUGCAGACUCAGACCUGCCUCUGCUGCACCUCUCCAGCGACCCAGACAACUACUCCAGCAGCGAGCAGUCCUGUGACACUGUCAUCUAUGUGGGUCCCAAUGGGGGUGCCAUCUCGGACCGUGAGCUGACCGACAAUGAGGGACCGCCAGAGUUCGUCCCCAUCGUCCCUGUUUUGCUGAAGAGCAAAGCCGAGUCUGGCGUCGAGCCGACUACGCCGCCUCUGCAGCAGCAGACAGUACUCCCCCAGGCUCAGCUUGUCCCUACACAGACACACACCCAGCCCACUACCCUGCCUACCGAGCCCCUCAACGCCGUCAACCAGCCCCCGCUCCCCCUCCUCCAGCCCCCACUCCCUCUCCUCCAGCCCCUGGGUCAUCCCCUGCCCCCCGUGCCAGAGGAAGGGGCGGAGUGCCUGAAGUGCAACACCUUCGCUGAGCUGCAGGAGCGUCUGGAGUGUAUCGACGGGAGCGAGGAGGUGGCAAAGCUCCCCUUCGAGGAGGUGCCGGCUAACAGYGGGGCUAAGCCCGACACCCUGGUUCCCCCAGGGUCUGAGACGGAGCGUAAAGAAGGGGGGGUGGAGAAAGUAGAGCCCCUCAGGAGGAUGUCCAACGACCAGCAGCUCCAGGAGAUCAGGGAGGUGGUGGAGGAGGCAGAACUGGCCCAGACCAUGAUAGAGAGUCUGAGCCUGACCGGCAGCUGCAGUGUGACGGGUAGCAGUGGAGCAGGACAUACCAACACCAACCCUCUACAGAGGGCCAAGAGUGCCAGCCUCCAUGACAGUCGUGAGUCUCUGAGCGCGGGCAGUAGCAGUGAUGGUAAGCCCCGCCCCCUGGGCUCUCCUCGGCUGGGCAUCGCAUCUCUUACCAAGACCUCUGACUACAGACCUCCCUCCUCACCCUCACAGCGCUGCAAGGUCUACACCCAGAAGGGUGUGAUGCCGGGAACGCCCCCCUUGUCCUGCCAGAGUCUGUCUACUGCAGACAGCCUGGCUGCAGACAGUGUGAGGUCCUCUACAGAGUCCCUGCUGCAGCCGGUGUCCCUGUCCAGAACCUCCCCCGCGGGGAUGAGUCCCUGGGUCCUCAAACGGACCAACUCCUCGUCUGCUAGCCUGGGGUCGGCUGACACGCUGUGUGAUGAGAAUGUUCCUCAGAUUCCUCUGGAUGGACGCAGGGAUACCCCAGCUCCAGCCCCCAACCACUCCUCCAUCCCAGCCGACCCUAGCUCUCUGGAGGAAGACGAGCUGGUGUUCACCCUGGGGUGUAAGGAGGGGCUGGAGGUCCGGGGCCUGCUGGAGAGUGGCGGCCGUCCCACCAGCAUCAUUAGCUUCAGCAGCGACUGUUCCGUCACUGCCCUGGACUCGGGGUCCCGCCCUAUCUCCAUCAACAGCAGCAUCAGCGAGGACCUGGAGCGCUAUGGAAUCAACACUACUGUCAUUGCUACGACCACCAGGGUGAUCCCCAUAACAACCGCCUCCGUCGCCGGAGUGAUCGCCAUGGCGGAGGUCAGCAUGGCAAAGCUUCAUGUGGAAGGAGAGGCGAUGGCGGCGGUGCCUAGCCGACGGUCAUCCAUCUCAUCGUGGCUAAGUGACCUGAGUGUUGUUAGCGACGGAGAUCAAUCUCUGCACAGCUUCAGCCAGUCUCAUGGACACGGGGAGGCUCUGGCCGAACCAGACCCCACACAGGUCCCUCUCUGUGGGGCAAAGGAGCAGGACGAGGCGUCCCUGGGUUAUGGACGAAGGAAGACUCCUGAGAGUGAAGUAGCAUUGUCUGGAGAUGUAAAAGGGAAAGAGACUAAAGAGAGGCUGAAGAGACUGCCCCCCUCCCUGGGUAAGACCACCAUCUCCCUCUCUGACAUGCAGACCCUGGGGGCCUCCAGCAACUUCCUCCCCUUCAAGACCAACAUUACAGUCCACCCCUGUGUGGCCGUCAAACCCAUGGUCAUACUCUCCUCCCUUACCAGGACUCACCUGCUGCCCAAGGACCCAGCCAAGACUGCCCCAGCSCUGGUCCUGGCCUCCAUGUCCAGCGAGCUCAGCUUCGAUGACCCCUGGAUGAAGAGAGACGGGGUGGACGUGAGGCCCAAGGAGCUGGUGUGUGAGAUGAAGCCAGAGAAGUGGGUGGUGGAUCCACCAGUCAAGACAGACCCAGCUAAGAGCAGCCAGGCCUGGCCCCAGGGCGAUAGGGCCAGUAGGGUGGACAGUGGCUAUGGAGGGGACCGUCACAGCUCCAGCAGCGGGGAGGCCAUCUCCUCUCCAGACUCCUGUAAGAGGGUAGUGGACAGCUCUGAGAUGGUGCUGGUCAGUUCUGGGGAGUGUCUGGUGACUCCUGUCUACUCUGCCGACAUCCUGCGCACCGCCAGUCUGCCCCGUGGCUGGCACCGGCUCAACCGCCACGACGGCCUAUAUGAGGACCCACUCCGCUACGACGCUAACGGAGGAGGGGGGGAGUACCGAGGCCUGGGGGUCACCUCCUCCACCCCCUGUAGUCCCAGGGCGACCCUGGACCGAAGGGGGUAUUCCGGGAAACAUGGCCUGUUUUCCCGCCAGAAAGGUAUCCCACCGCUGCCACCAGUACGCAAGUCCAGUCUGGACCAGAAGAACAGGGCAGGAGGCCCCCUCAGCCCCAUGCACGCAGCCAGCCAUGGCCUCUCCUUCUUGAGGAGUACCCCGGAGGACCUGGGCGUGCUUGGAGGAGGUGGAGGGAAACAGAAGGGGUGUAAUGUGGAGAGCAGCAGGUUAUUCAGUGCUAAACUAGAGCAACUGGCUAACAGAACCAACUCUCUGGGUCGGUCCCAUGGAGGUCACAGCUCUCAUGGCCCCCACUACGACUGCCUCUCUUUGGAGAGGGGGGAGGCCCUCAGCUCAUUGGGCUGGAAGGUGGCAGCCGGAAGGGGGAGGGGGGACUGCACCAUGCCCCGUACCGGACGCAGCCUCACCCGUGGCGGCUCAUUGUCAUCCUCCUCCCCUAAAGGAAACGGUUCCGGUAACAGCCCUGGCAGCGCUCCCCAGUCACCCAAGUCGAGCCAGUCCAAGAUCUCAGCGGUCAGCAAGCUCCUGAUGGCCAGCCCUAAGGCCCGGAGCCUGUCAGCCUCCAGCACCAAGYCACUCAGCUUCUCCACCAAGUCUCUGCCCCAGUCUGUCAACCGCAGCUCCAGUCUGCCUCCCAACGGCAAGCCCCAGGCUCAGGGUCAGACCUCCACCCACGGUCAGGGACAGAACCAGGCACCCAGCUCUGGCUCCUGGUCCACCCAGUCUCUGAGUCGCAACCGAGGGGGAGACCUGGCCGCCAAGCUGCCUCUGAGAGCCGUCAACGGACGCAUCUCCGAGCUGCUCCAGGGCAGCGGAGGCUCUCGAUCCGCUGGUCACAACCGAGGAGGAAGCUCCGAGGCUGGGGAGGAGAGGGGCGCUGGAGGGGGUGGAGGUGGUGRCGGGGCACAGGGAGAGGAGAGACCUUUGGUAGUCCACACCCUCCCGUCUCCCUACAGUAAGAUCACAGCGCCCAGGCGGCCGCAUCGCUGCAGCAGCGGUCAUGCCAGUGACAACAGCAGUGUUCUGAGUGGAGAGCUGCCCCCGGCCAUGGGGAAGACAGCCCUGUUCUACCACAGCGGGGGCAGCAGUGGCUAUGAGAGCAUGUUGAGGGACAGCGAGGCCACAGGAAGCACCUCCUCUGCCCAGGACUCUCUGAGUGAACACAGCUCAGCCACCAGCAGCAGCCGCCGCAGCCUCAAGAACAACAAGAAGAAGAACAACAGCACAGGCUGGGCCCCCUUGACAUCCUCUACCUCCAAAGCUGCCCUACAUCCCCUCAACCCCCCACCCACCCCACCAUCCAGAGGUACAGAGGUGGUUUAUUUCAGUGCUAAGCUGAAGAUCUUGGAAAACAGGCAGCAGCGAAUAUGA